AAAUACUUUUUGAAUGUAACUGUAUUAUAAUUACCAAUGAUUUAAAUUGUAACUGUAGUGGAAUACAGUUACUUAUAUUUUGUAUUUUAAAUACGUAAUCCCGUUACAUGUAUUUUGUUACUCUCCAAUCCUGUAUAUAUAUAUAUAUAUAUUGAUAUUCAUCCUUCCAGUUCAGAGUCAACACUGAACUCAACACACCAUUUAGACUGUACAUUUUUGGGAACAUUUCCCAUCUAAAUUUAGACAUGUCAAGCAGGACUGUUAUGCUGCCUAUGCUGAUAUUAUCCCAUGUCCAUAUCUUCAAACUUAACCUUGUGAUAAAUGCAUGUCUCCAAAGGAUUGAUUGCAAAAACUGUAAUUAUCUUCCUGGAAUGUGGAGUGGCCUAUGUCAUUUCUCUUCACUCCUCCCAUCCAAUUUCUAUAUUUCCCAGUCCUAGACAAAACCACUUAUAAACAUCCAUAAGUUGCAGAGCUCAAAUACUCUGUUGUCCACACAAUCAGACAAAGGGAACCUGCCAUCUCAUUCAACACCAUGAUUCUACACUUCAUAUAUGACAGCAUUGAUUUUAAAAGCUCAGUCAUUUUGAUUUUUGUUUUAUUGAUUCUCGUGGAUAUCAUCAAAAAUAAGAAUCCUCCCAAUUUUCCCCCAGGACCAUGGCCUGUUCCAUUCCUGGGAACUAUCUUCACUAAGAUGGACUUUAAGACCAUGAAUAAGUUGACCGAAGUCUAUGGGAAGAUAUUCAGCGUAAGAGUGGGUAGUCAGAAAAUGGUAAUCGCAUCUGGAUAUAAAAUGGUAAAAGAGGCCCUGAUUGGCCAGAUUGACACCUUUGCUGAUCGUCCAGAUCUCCCUCUGUUUAACAAAACUUUUAAUGGUAUUGGUGUGGCGCUGAGUAACGGACACCCAUGGCACAUGCACAGGAAGUUUACUGUUUCCCAUUUGCGGGCCUUUGGAGAGGGGAAGCAAAGCCUUGAGUUUGGUAUCCAACAAGAGUGUGUCUACCUUUGUGAUGCCUUUAAGGCAGAAAAAGGACCUUUCAAUCCUCUGUUCAUUACAAAUGGUGCUGUCUCAAAUAUCGUCGCCUGCUUGAUACUUGGACACCGCUUUGAGUAUCAUGAUGAAAAUUACCAAAACAUUCUUCGCCUUGACACUGAAUGCAUUAAGUUAACAGGCUAUACAAGAGCACAGCUGUACAAUGUGUGUCCUCGCCUUUUUGACUACUUACCUGGCCCCCACCAAACAAUUUUUGAGAACUAUAGGAAGAUUAAAUGUUUUCUGAGUGGAGAAGUCAGAAAACACAGAGAAGACUGGGACCCUUCAAACCCUCGUGACUAUGUAGACAAUUACCUGGCAGAGAUAAAAAAGAAAGAGAGUGAUCCUGAGGCUGGUUUUAACAUAGACGGAUUAGUGGUGACUUGCCUGGAUCUGAUUGAGGCUGGGACAGAGACUGUUACAACAACAUUACGCUGGGGUCUGCUUUAUAUGAUAAAGUUCCCAGAAAUACAGGAAAAGGUCCAGGAAGAGAUAGACAAGGUUAUUGGACAGUCACGUCAACCUUGCUUUGCUGAUAAAGUUAACAUGCCGUACACUCAUGCUGUUAUCCAUGAGAUACAAAGAUUUGGCAAUGUUCUGCCACUGGGAUUCCCUAAACGAGCAACUAAAGACACCACACUAGGGGGAUACUUCAUUCCUAAGGGGACCUCUAUUACAACAAACCUGUCUUCAGUCCUGCAUGAUCCAGAUGAAUGGGAAACACCAGACACCUUUAACCCAGAACACUUCCUGGAUGAACAUGGCCAGUUUCGGAAGAAAAGUGCUUUCCUACCAUUUUCAGCAGGAAAGAGAGCGUGUUUGGGAGAGCAGCUGGCUCGCAUGGAGCUCUUCAUGUUCUUCACCUCUCUGCUGCAGCAGUUCUCUCUCUCUAAAAGUCCAGACGAGGAACCCAGUUUGGAUGGCGAGAUAUGGUUUACAUAUGCUCCUGCUCCGUACCGCAUUUGUGUGUCACCACGUUAGAGCUUAAGUUAACAUACAGUCCAAUAUAAAGUAAAUUACCAUGAAGUUUUCACAGUGUCUUAAUGAUAAUAAUUUCUUAUGAUGUAUAAAUAAAUAAAUAUACUCUAUGUCACAUACGUUUAUCAAAUGUGUCAUUGCAAAUACACUGCUUGGCCAAAAAAAGUCGCCAUUUGUAUUUAAAUAAGCAGAUACUUAAGUAUGACUGGAUCAUUAUUGCAGUGAUUAAUAUGUUUCAGCUGGCAAUAAUUCUUUUAACCCUAACUGACACAGUGUGUAGCUUCUCAUUUUUUAACAACCAUGUUGGAAUACAGAUCCCGUGGUUGUGGAAAAGAUGUUACUGUGUUUCAGAAGGGGCAAAUUAUUGGCCAGCAUCAAGCAAAGAAAACAACUAAGAAGAUUGCUGAAAUCGCUGCACUGUAAAAAAAAAUCCUGUUGUUUUUACCCCCCGAAAAAACCUGGACGCUGUGGUUGCCAGAAUAAUUAUGUAAAAAAAUACAGUAAAAAUAUAAACAACUUUACAGAACAACCUGUAAACCUGCAUAACCCAUUACUUUUCAUUACAUUUUAUGGGAAUAGUUAUGUUUCUUCUUAUUUUUAAUAUCAGUUACGUACAUUUGGUCAUGCAGGGAAUUGUGGGAAUGCCCAAUUAUAGUUUUUUACUGUAAUUUUAACAAUAAUUUACUGUAAAAAGUACAUGUACUCUCUUGUUAAACAAUGUAAAUUUUUACCAUUAUUAUACAGGAAAAUCAUACUUUUUACAUCUAAAAAAUGUCAUUUCUACAACAUUUUAUUGUAAAAACUACUUUAUUGUCUUUUAAAAUA